AUGGCCAAAGCAAAGAACCACUCGACCCAUCACCAGAACUCCAAGGAGCACCGUAACGGUAUCAAGAAGCCAAUUGUCCACCGCAAGACCUCCUCCAAGGGUAUGGACACCAAGUUCGUGAGAAACCAGAAGUUUGCUCGCGUUGGUGUUAAGGCAAAGAGAUACGUUCGUGGAGACUUGCAGGAGCAGAAGCCACACAAGAACCCAAGAAAGUCUGCCAAGGCUAUCGUUUCCGAGCUCAAGGCCAAGCAGGCCGCCGCCAAGAAAUAA